AUGCGCCGCGCCGAGGACGCGCCGCCCGCAGAGGCUAGCCGCUCGCGCGGGGGCAAGGGCAAGGGGAAGAGCUACCGCGACACGACGCUGCUGAACCGGAUCGGGCAGGGAACGUACGGCUCCGUCUUCCGCGGCUCGUGUCGCGACGAGGAGGUCGCCGUCAAGGUGAUGCUGCUGCAGGCCGACUCGGCCGAGGACAUCAAGCGCGAGAUCAAAAUCAUGCGCGAGUGCACCUGCGAGCACAUCGACGCCUUCAUCCGCGAGCACCAGAUGCGAUCCACUCUGUGGGUGGUGAUGGAGUUUUGCGCCGUCGGCUCGACCCUCGACAUGAUGCGCAAGCAGAAUGCGCCGCUCGGCGAGCGCGAGAUCGCGUGGAUCGUGCGCGGCGUCCUCACUGCGCUCGACUACUUACACCACGAGCGCAAGACCAUCCACCGCGACAUCAAGGCGCACCCCCGCCCCUGCCGGACCCUCUUCACGGCCGCGGCCAACAUCCUCCUCACCAAGAGGGGGGAGGUCAAGCUCGCCGACCUCGGCGUGGCUGCUCAGCUGUACAACACCAUGUCCAAGCGGGGCACGAUGAUCGGCACGCCGCACUGGAUGGCGCCGGAGACGCUCUCGCAGUCGGGGCCCGACGACGGCAAGUACGACACCAAGGUGGACAUCUGGGGCGCCGGCAUCACCGCCAUCGAGCUCGCGCAGAUGUGGCCGCCCUUCUCAAACAUCAAGGCCGUGAUGAUGCUGAUAGUCAACGGCGCGCCGCCCUGCGUCGACAGCCACGUGGAGGCGUCGGACGCCUUCCGCGCCUUCCUCGCCGCCGCCCUCGUCAAGGAGCCGGCGGACCGCCCCUCCGCGCGAACACUGCUCGACGACCCCUUCCUGCGCGACGCGUCGAUCGACUCGCUCCGCGAGGCUAUCGCUAGCCACCUGAGCAGCUACAAGGCCCAGCCCGACUCGCCCGCGGGGCCGUCGACGCCGCAGCCGUCCGAGCCCCCGCCAGCGCCGCUGGGGGAGCUGGAGAAGACGAUGGUGCUGUGA